CGGCUCCGUGGGAGACGGAAAACUACCAGAGGAGGCAGGACGCCAGCUGUAGACACUAGUCGUGUUUCUGCACGGGGAGGAAGACAACUUUCCACAGCCAUAGGCCAGUUUCCUCUUGGAAUCUCGCCCCUCAUUCCCUACCCCCAAAAACUGAGCCUCCCACCCCUGCACCAGGUCCUGCAACACGGUGCUACACUGGUGCAUUCACAAAGGUCCAGAGAGAGGGGAGAGCGGGUUCAUCAUGGCUAGUCUGAGGUUUCACCUGGCCAGCGUUAUGGCACUCGCUGUAUUGACGACACUGCUGAGCCUCAGAGCUGUCAGCGGUGCUCCCUCCAAGUCCGCUGUCGCCAUCAGUCCUUCGAAGGCACAAGAGUUCCUGGCUAAGCUGAACCGGCCCAAAAGAAACGUCUGGGAUCGCAGCCGCCCAGACGUACAGCAGUGGAUUCAGCAGUUCAUGUACAUGGGCUUUGAUGAGCAGAGGCUGGAAACCGACUUGGCGUACUGGUUGGACCAGUCACGAGCAACGGAUCAAGGUCGUCAGCACCAUCACGAUGAGAACUCCCCGCAUGCCAACGGCGACCCGGGCAAUUAUAGACACGGCGCCAAUGUAAACUACGACUACUACUAAAACACGCACACGCAAAGAAGACCAUCUCCCGGAAACAGAGGACGGUGUCUUGAUUAGUAGCCGUUCCCAUUUUCUUACCCGUAGUCUCAUUAAAACAUUAACCUUUACGUAUUAUCUCCUAUUAUUGUGUAGGCUACAUUCAGUUUAAUUGAUUGUUCAACUAAACAUAUCACCUGAUCUUAUACAAAAGUUAUGACGUCAGUGCUGAUUAAAUGCAUGUAAAUAAAACAUCAAUUUUCAAUCACCAGCG